AACGUUGUGAGAUCUGUACAUGUUUAAUUCUUUCUCAUGCCACAUAAACUGGAUGGCAUCUUAUUAUCAUACAAAUUUGUUUAGGCGAUCGCCGAGAUAAACGACCCCGUGGCAGGACAAAUUCACAAGACAGUACUCUUUAUGCAGAUCAACAGGAGGGCGGUGUCUCCGUGCCAAUGUAUCACGGUCAAAUAAUUACACCUAAUUCUAAGCUAUACGAGGUCGGGGUCACGUCCUCUUCUUCCGCCUCGUCUCGUUCCUCCUCUUUCUUCCUCCACUUUCUCUUCUCUUCGCUAUUCUCUUGGAUUCGAUGGUCUCCUCGUCAAUGGAAGUUCCACUUUCCACUUACAUGGGACUUGGGAAGGAAGGAUCCAGAAAAUGAGAUUAUGGAACAGGAUGAAUCUUUCUCAAAAUCGUUGAGGUGGAGCACUCUUGAACAACUACAACAAAGUCAACAACUCCAAAAUUAUCAAAACGGUUGGGAAGAAGUCGCUAAUUUCGCUCCCCACUCGAAGCCCACUCCUGAUAUUAAUGAGGAUGAGGAAGAUAAACUCUCCAAAGUAGAAAAACUGUUAAUGUCAAAGGGCAGGCACACGCAGUUGAGUGGGUUGACAACAAAGGAUGCUGAUGGUGAUGUUGGGACGACGACGACGGGAGUGCAGUGGGUCGUGGGGGAGUGGACGGAAUGUCUCGAUGUGGAAUGCUUUAACUGGAACACGGCUCUGAAACGACGCCAAGUAUCAUGCGAGUAUCCGAAUGGGACUUCUGUUCCACUAAUGCUGAAUAACAACGGUGAGAGGUUUGACGUCGCAGAUCAACCUGAGGAGGAGGAGGACAGAGUACACAGGCAGUGCAACCCUGAGGAGAAACCAGUCGAAGCGAUUGAAUGCUACAAUCCCAAAUGCCUCGGAACCUGGCACACCUACGCGUGGAGUUUUUGCAAAGUUUCACAAUGUGGCUCUACUGGUUUUCGGACUCGCGUUUUGCAGUGUUUGUGGUACGGAAGUGGUCGACCUGCUGGACAUGCAUGUCAUGCUCUUCCCAGACCACUUGUCAAAAAAAAUUGUCAAGGAACACCUUGUCCACCCGAGAAAACCAAGCCGACUCUGAAAUCUAAUAAUAAAUCGUUAAACAACCAUAAGCGACAUAAUAAUCACAUGAGCAAGGAGCAGAAGAUGCAAAAACCAGCACCAAUUAGUAAACCACAAAGCGACGAGGUAUUCCUGGACUACUGGGAAUUGUAUGAUCAAGAUGUAGAAUAAUUGGUUAUCGAUACUGGAAAGAUGCAAUACUAAGAAAUCUAGGUGGGCAUAACUGUCAUCGUCGAAAUCACCACCUACACCUUGUGUUCCGAAUUAAUAUGCCAAAUCAAUUUUCCCAAUUCCUUAAAUGUAUGGUAUAUGUAACUCUGAAACCUUGCACACUAUAUACAGCAAACAAAGCAUAAAUAUGUAUUAUCUUAAAAUACAUAAUUUAGGUAACCUACUCGUCAUUCCUUUGUUAUGUUUUGUUUGUCCUUGCAUUUCCCUUCCACUUUUCCUUAAAAUACAUAAGUCACAGAUUAAAGUAUAUCUGUAGCUGCAGUAUGUAAUGGUGCUGGGAUUUUUUAAAUAAAACAUACAAAAGUAAAAGUAUUUAAUAUCUAAUGUGGGUUCGAGCCUUCGAGCCCUAAAGUGACAUGUUUUUUUCGACUUUGAAAACGUUGACGAGAUUUUCAAUAAAACUUUAAAAGACUGUUAUCCUUGUAUCAAUCAAUUCCUAUACAUAUGUACGUAAAAUAAUCUUACUCAGUUUAAUUGCACUAAAUCAGUCCCAUGAAAUUGAUAUUGUAUGUAAAUAUACGUAUUUAUAGUUAAGCACAAACUAGUUCAUGAGCCAUAAUAUAUAUUAUGUCAAUUAAUCUGCAUUUGUUCAAGUAAUUGUACAAAUUGAUCCACACACUGGUAACUAUCUUGACGAAGCCAUGAUUAUUAAAUAGUAAAAUUAUACCAACUUAGGUAAAUCAUACAAAUAUGUGCAAUGUAGCUAAUUUUAGCUUCCGGUUAUCGAUUGAUUUGAAUGUUUUUCCGGUUCAGAAAUGUGCCCCCGUAGUUUGAUCUCAUGUACAUUCAGUUUUGAAAUCUGAGAACCAGGGCAAAUCUGUUAAUUCUACAUUCAUUAAUGAGAUCCGAUUUAAAUGUAUCAACAAUUUGACUUGUUCUUUAAGAGUAACGAUCAAACCGUCAGUAUGAAUGAUGUGUAAAAAUAAUUGACUAUAUGUACAUGAUAGUUAUUUAUCAGAUCUCAAGAAAUUGCUACCUCUUUGUCUAAAUUAUGUUUGCGAAAAAAUAUUAAAAAAUCGUAAAUUUACAAAGGCAGUAUGGGUCACACAAUCUAAUUCUUUACUACCUGUUACCUUACUGUUUGGUAGGAUAAGAAUCAAGUAUUAUUACUUAUAUAAAUAUUAAAAUAUCAUCACAUUGUAUCAUUCCUAAAUCUUAAUUAA